AUGUAUUUAUAGAAUUCCAAUUACAAAAUACUCUCAACGCUAGGUGCAGGUUCUGGGCAUCAAGUCUUGAAAGUCAAACAUAAUUAGACGUCUCAAAUUUUAGCCUUAAAAAUGGAAAAAAAUCCUAACCUAGGCUAGUUAGAAGGAGAAAUAAAAAAACUAAAGGAACUUGCUGGGACCUUUGGCAUACCAUAGUUGAUCGAUUAUGGAAAGACUUAGGAUUAGAAGAGUUAUUUAAUCACUCCACUUUUAAAAAAAAAUCUCCAUGAAAUCACCAAAGACCACCUACUUUCUCAACGUCAGAUAAUAGCCAUUGGAUUGUCUCUUAUCAAUAUUUUACAGUAAAUUCAUAAAAAAGACAUUCUACAUCUUGACAUAAAACCAGAAAAUAUUAUGAUAUCAUAACCUUUUAUCAACGUUCCGAUUGAUGAAAUUUUAAAACCUGGUUUCAUGUAUCUUAUAGAUUUCGGCCUAUCUUAAAAAAUAGGUCUCAGACCUUUGUCAAAUAAAGUGUUUGUUGGAUCUUUAAGAUAUGCCAGCAGACAGGCCCAUAAAGGAAAUGCACUUGGGUACAAGGAUGAUUUAGAAAGUCUUCUUUAUGUUUUGGUGAAUCUAAGAAAUUGUAAUUAUUAUGUACUAUUUUUAGAGAACUUACCUUGGCAAUCGCUAAAAUAACAACAGACCCAAUAAAUGGAAAUUAAAAAAAUUGGUGAAAUGAAAGAUGCCAUUUUUAAUACAUUAGUUCUGUCCUAGAAAUUUCCUCCAUAAUUUUAAUUAUUCAAAUCAUAUAUUGAAACCUUGACUCAAAAGACUAUGCCAGAUUAUGAUUACAUUAAAAACCUUUUCAAAUAGAUGCUUUCUAUAGGAGAUCAAUCAACAUCUGCUAAAUUAAGUAAUUCAGUCACUCUAAGCUAAUCAAUCAGGGGGACAAAAUAAAACAAGAAUAAUGAUUAGAUAAUGAUGCUUUUAGCAAAUAUACCAAAUAAUGAUUCUAUUCACAUUCCUGAAGAUCAGGUAGACACUGAGACUUCGAUUGUAUACAUCUCAGACUUAAUAAGUUCAUACCCAACUUUCUCCAUUAAAUCAAUAACUGAUAUCAAGUAUUGA